CUCGCGUUACCAACGCAACAAUGGCGGCUUCCUCUGCCAGUGUGGAGGGUGUAAUAGGACCACUAGGCAGCGUUUUGACUAAACUAGGGUUUGAAGUGUGCCCUCUAAAGGUAGGCUGGUAUAACUCAGUGUUGCCUCCUUCCUUUCACCUGCCUUACCCAGAUGAUGCCUUGGCCGUGGUGGUGCUCAGCACUCCUGCUAUGUUUGAACAAGCCUUCCUGCCCUUCUUGGAGCACAGCAGCAUUCAGAAGCCGUCCGACCCUGUGGACCAAUGUGUCCGGCACUGUGUCUCCACUGCAGUCUCACAGUGUUUUCCAGAACUGAAGGUGGAUGUGAGGUACGACUAUGAGCUGCUGCCAAGCAGGAAGCCAAAGUUCUUGGCGCAGACUGCCGCGCACGUGUCUGGAGCGGCGUUCUACUACCAGCAGUCUGACGUCACAGACCAACCCUGGGCCGGAAGAAAGAUGUUUGGAGUUUGCAUUCACCCGAGCUUCGGCGGCUGGUUUGCCAUCCGGGCCCUGCUGGUGUUUGAGGAUGUGGCGGUGGGCCCUGAGCUGGUGCAGCCCGAUCCUCCGGACUGCGUUGCUUCCAGAGAAGACAGAAUCAAGCUGCUGGAGGCCUUUAACCUCCACUGGCAGGACUGGAGCUACCGAGACAUCGUCCCUGUGGGACAGACCUACUCGGAGAGACAGAAGGAGUACUUCUCCACUCCCCCGGCUCAGCGCCUCGCCCUGCUCAGGAGUUGGGGUCUUUUGCCAAAAGAAGAGGCCCAACCUGAUCUCAGCCCAUGUUCAACUGGCAGCCAGGCUGAUGAAUUAUAGAUGUGGACUCCCUCUGCUCCUCCAGGCCGGCGACAGACUGACGACUUUAAACUGUGACUAACCCCUCUGCUUGUCGGCGGCUCGGCGCCCGGCUGGACCCGGUGUCGGUCCGAGACUCGAACCAAACGGUUUCCACUGCUCUGUUCGCUCCAAUCUGGUUAUUGAAGAGAACUGAGGAGCUCCAGGCUGCACUGUGAUGGGAGGGCGUUCUGCAGCGACAGACACUUUCAUGCUUGAGCCUCUGAGUGUCAGUGUCCUCCUCUGUUAGCGCAGACCGGGAGUUUGUGCUGCUGUUUCUGAAGCAGCUGGAAAAAUGUUCGAUGUUUGAUGGAGUCCGGGACUGGCUGCAGAUGACGUUAAAGUUUAACACUGCAGACCCAUAA